AUGGCGAUCCUGAGCUCAACGAGCGUCGUCGCCAUCACCAAACCGCGCCUCCUAGUUGUCGUCUCACUCGCCCUCACGUGGACGGUUGCGUACUUGAUGCCACAGUACCAGCCAAUCCUCCAGGCCAGCGUCUCGUCUCGCAUCCACGAUGCCCGCCAACGACUGCCAGGCCUCUGGCCGGCUUGGCCCCUCGCUGGCCACUCGCAGUCGUUGCCACCUCCGUACUACUACAACACCUCCAAAAUGGCGCUCAUCUUUGAGCCCCGGCCUUUGCCGCACCUUGCCCCCCUCAUCACGCACAUGAUGGCCGUCGUCCCUCCUGAGUGGCGCUUCCUCUUCAUCGGCUCCCCCUCGAGCACUUACUCGGUUGGCCGGGCGCCCAGCAUCCGCCACCGCCGCGAGGCCGGCAAGAUCGAACUCAUGGCGCCUUCCUGGCCCUGGAAUGCCGAUACCGGGGAAGACGUCUCUCGGCUCCUGACGGACGCGCGCUUCUACGACACUUUUCUUCCCGGAGUGGAGUGGAUCUUCAAGUUUGAUCAGGACAGCAUUCUGUGUGCCAACUCGCCCAGGGACUUGGACGACUGGCUUGACUGGAGCUGGGCUGGCGCGCCGAGGAGCCCAGGGGACCACUUCUCUGGCACAGGAGGCCUUUCUCUGCGGCGUGUUUCCUCCAUCCGACGGGUUCUGGCCUUCCAGGAACGACACAACAACUCUGAGCCAGAGGAUGAGUGGUUUGGCAAACGACUCUCCCUUAUGCCCGGCGAAAGGGUGGCACACCAGUUUCAGGGUGCCAUUGCUGUCGAGAACAUCUUAGUGGAGAAGCCGAUGGGAUACACGGUCCGCGGGGGGCACGGUGGCGGCUACCUCGAUCACGACGUGUGGAAGGAUGCUGACCUGCGAAAUCGGAUCUUUGGGUAUUGCCCGGAGCUGUCCAUAAUCAUGGACAUGAAGCUCGAGAGGGAGAGGUGCCCAGAUGACGACGGGCGAGGUGGCAGAGGCACCGAAAAGGGAUUCCAAGACUCGGGCCUAGCAAGGCUUGCCGUUGAAGUCAAAUCCGCCUAUUACAAUACGGAAAGUGCCGGAGCGCUGGCACCGUUGCCGCCUCAGCCGCCUUCAAUGCCACAGCUCUAG